AUUAGAUAAAGAGUAAUGGCGUUGUAUCUACUAAACCUAAAAUUUUAAGUGCAUUGUAUAUCACCUUCACCACUCGUGUGUGUGUGCAGUUCUCUAUACUAAAAAAUAGUUUCGCGACAACCUUUUACAACAGCAAUGGAUAAUGUUGCCAAGGAGAUAUUUGAGUCUAUCAUACCGUUAAUUGGCAAACUGUUGGAGGCAUUGUGUGAGACAGAGAAAAUUAAAGUUUGUAUCGAUGGAGUAAAGAUAGAUACAGGCAUAGCUGUUGCUGGAACUCUUUUGGGUACCGCAGUUGGUGGUCCAGUGGGAGGUGUUGUCGGAAGCGCAGUAGGCACCACAAUCCUAGCAACAAAGUAUAAGCUGGGAAAUGACAAAUACAAACCUCUCAUGACGGUUUUAAGAGAGGACUUAACAGAGAAAGAAAGGAACAGUUUGUAUGAGAAACUCUGGAAAAAACUGAAUGAGUUUAUAAUUGGUUCUUUGGGUAAAGUAGUGAGUUCAAAUGUAAAUGAGUUGAAGAUAAUUGUUUUGGAGAAUCCUAAAUUGAUGGAAAUUUUCAAAAAUGUGCUCAAAGAAAAUCUUUCCAAAAAGAAUAUGAGUUUGGCCUAAAAUAAUCACUGCAGUUGUUAAAUGCCCAUUCAUUUUUCGAUGGGUGCAAUUGAUGCAAGUAGUAAUAAUUCUUUGAAAGUGUUCGCGCAUUAUAACAUUAAAUAUAGGCUACUUAGUGCCUCACUAGUUCUAAAGUCAAUGUCAAAAUUUGAAGGAAGAAUUCAUUUAGAGCAAAAUGAAGAUAAACUUGUGGUUGAAGCUAUCGACCAUCAGUUAGAAUGGGAAUUAAUGGAUCUAGCCAUCGGCAGCUAUAGACGUUCUAUGUGGAGAAGAUCCUGCUACUACUCUUCAGAAACCGCAAAAACACGGAGAUCCUCACUUACGUGAGUUCAAACGCAAGUGUUUCUUAAAAUUAAUCUAUGGAGAAUACUGUAGUAAUAAAUUACCAGUGAUCAAAUUCAUUCGGUAUGUAUGUGAUUAGGUUUAUACACCGUUCGUUAAAUUUUGAUUUCUCAAUUCUGUAAGCGAUAAGUUAACAAAAAAUUGCAAAUUCACAUGGAAACGAGUUCGGAUGUCGUCGCACCUCUGCAGUUUGACUCGUGAUGGCUGAGCUCUCUGUA